GAAACUGGCAUCUUGAUUAAUUGUUUUUCACUUGAGGCCAACUUGCUAAAUUGGAAGUAAUGGGAUCAAAGGCAUUUGGACUUCUUCAAAAGAUACUGCAUCCUAUCACUUGAGAAUGAAGCUAUGGAAACCACUUCUUUAGUAGGAAAUCAGGACAUGGAUUUGUGGGAUGCUAGUAAUGGGCUCAGUCCUCCAGUGGAAGAGGAUGUGCUUUGCAUGGAAAAGCAUCACCAGCAUCUGGGAUUCUUCUGUCUCAGUGAGUCACAGUCUGGGAUAUUGAAUACUUCUAGUGAUGUGCAGCAUGGAUCAUGCCCAAUUCUGCUUUUAAAAAAUAAUAAUCAAAAGGGCAUGAUUGGAUGGUCCAUUAUACUUCCAUUAAGUUGGGUCAAGGCCUUUUGGAUUCCUCUUGUCAACAAUGGUGCUCAUGCCAUAGGCUUGAGAGAGCACUGGAUUGCAUGUGAAGUUGAAUUGCCGUAUUUUCCUUCAGAUUUCCCUGAUACUGACGCAUACUCAUCUUUUAUGGCAACUGAAGCAACAUCUGAUGAAAAGGAAAAACUUCGUCCUCCUUCCAUGCGAGCUUUAGGAGUUCCCAUUCCACCUCCAUGGGUUAGUGUCCGGUUGGGUUUUGAUAAAGUAUCCUCUAGUCUGGGAGAUACCCGUCCUUGUGUGGAAACAUGUACCAGAGAUGUGGCAAAUGGUGAUUCAUUAACAAACUCAAACAAUGGAAGUUGUGAUAUAUCACUGAAUGAUCCUAAUAUCUCAUUUGAAGGAUUUGUAUCAAGGACAUCUCAUAUGCUGAGUUACUACUUGAAUGAAAUCCAUGGUGACCAUUUGCUUCUAUUUCCUAAGUUACCUGAUAAGAAGAGUUUUUCUGAACUCAUGACAGAUGAAGCCAAGCUUAGCCAGAACCUUAAUGGGCCUAACCAAAUGAAUUAUGAACGAAAGUUAUGUUUCCUCAGAGUUCUUCUCCAUGCUUAUAAAGAAGGUUCCUUUAAAAAGGGAGCAGUUGUGUGUGCACUGCAUCUUUCUGAUAUAUCAAUGCGGACUUCCAGGUCCAAAAGUACAGAGGCAGGACUUCAAAUACCUCAGUCCUCUGUGAGAUCAUACUUUAAAGAGCAAUCUUCUGGUAAGUGGGAACUCCAAAUACCAGAGGAUACUGUUACUAGGGAAUCUAAUCGUUGGCCGAUUGGACUUGUCACAACUGGUUUUGUAUGAGGAAGGUUGGUAUACAUGUCAUGUCUUCUGCUUUAUCAUUGUUGCCCGACUUCCAUUUCUUGUCAGUAGUAUUUCAUAUCAUAUUAUUUUAUAUUUGGUAUCCAUUCAUGUGCGGCAAGAAGCUUAAGGCAGAGGCUCUUUGUGAAGCAAUCUUACUUGCUCGUCUUAGAGAGGAGCAGUGGAAUGAGAUGCCCAUGAAGGAAAGGAGAAAGGAGAUAUAUGUCCUGGUUAGGAAUCUUAGAUCUACAGCAUAUAGACUUGCUCUUGCCACCAUUAUCAUAGAACAACAGGAAGAAGAUGUGGAGUUCAUGUGACCUGCUGUAUGCUUCUCAUGGAUUUUUGAUGUGGAGAAAAAGAGCGCACUGGACAUAUUCAUCUGAAUGCUGGAGAAAAAAAAAAAAACACAUUCUUUAAAAAUUCACCAAAGUUAUUAUCAUGGAAGCUCAUGAUUCUCCUUGGCUGGUGAAAUAUAUAUUGCUUUUGAUUCCCAGUACUAUGAAGUUACAUUCAUUGACUUUGUUUUUCUUUCACAGAAGGGAAAGGACACAGAGUUUUAUGUGCAAGGUUGUUGUCACAAUCAAGAAAGGGUCACUUAACAUUAUCCAAGAGAGGAUCAAUGUAUAAUUGCCCUACCUUGUCAAUGUGUUUCAAUUUAGGCCCUUUAUUAUUCAAGGUCAAACUUUGUCUCCCAGUUCUCACAACCCCAACCUCAAAUAAGAUACACUUCUAUGCUCUAGCCUCAAGCCUACUAUUUUGAAUCCAAAAUCGACUGUCCAACUGUCUCUCUUAUCAUUAUCUCCUUCCGAAGAACAUGAAGUUCCCCUCAGCAUCAUCACCUGAACUUGUCUUUAAUUCCUAACAUUUCUCUCCAAUUUCUUCAUGGGAAAAAUAUCCUAAUUACUUUUUUGAAUUCCAAGGUCUCUCACAGUCAUCAUAUGGCCCCACCAAACUAGGCGGUAAUGCAUUCAUUCAAAUUUCUCUGUCUGCUUGAUUGUUGAGGAAUUAUAAGAGGACUCUCCCUUCAGUUGUUGAGCCAGUGCUGCUCUCUAAACAUGUCAAUAUCAUGGUGUUUUGUAAGGACUACAAUGCCCACUGGACUGCAGAUAAAGCUGACUAUGUUAUUCCUGUUGAAAUUAUGAUCUAGAAUAUAAAAGCUUCACGUUCAUUUUGAAGUCCCUAAUUUUGCUCCUACAUGCUGCUGGUCUUAUUUCAUUCAUGAACUCUCCCAGAGUUGAAAAAAUGCAAGUGUGCAGAAGCGGCAGCAGAGAUUGCAGCAACUGGAACAUUUUCAGCCCCUUAGGAUCUGGAAAUCUAGCUGGGCCUCCUUUCCACUUCAUUCUUAUCAGCAACAAAAGCUGACAUUGCUGCAAGAAAGGGCACAAGAGAAAGCACUGGAAAAUUUGUUAACAGUAGCAUGUGCUUCCAUUCUGCCAGCAACUCCUCAGACCCAGUUUUCCUUAGGUAUGGAGGGCAUUUUGCUGUAAGGAUUUUGACUAUCUAAGCAUAUGAUUGACUGAUAUAGUCUAAAACAAGAAUAUUAUUUGAUUUUGUUAUAUUUUGCCCCACGAAAAUGUUAUCAAUGGCAAUUGAACCAA